AUGUCGUCUCACUUAUUCGACGCCGUCGUCGCCCACAGCGAUCCCGCCGCGCAUCUCGCCCACCCCGCCUCCGCCCCACUCUCCCAUCCCCGCCGGACCUCGCCGCGUGCCGUCCCGCCGCCGCGCGAGGCGCACCACCUGCUCGUCUUGGAGGGCUCGCGCUUCACGUGCGUCAGCGCGCCGCUCUCGCUCUCGCUGCGCCUCUGCUUCCAAGACCACAGCGCCAGGGGUACCGCCGCCGCUGACUGCUCGGACUACCAUCAGCACGCCGAGCAGCGCGCGCAACUGCUCGCGCCGCCCUUUGACGGCGGUUCCCCUGAUAUCUCUCCCGAAAGGCGGGGGAACGCAGCCUUGGGCGAGUCCACGGGGAUAGGCCUUGGCGCAAGGCAGGAGGCGGAGGAGGCGGAGGAAGCGGAAGAGGCGGGGGAUGCGUGCUGCGAGCGGGAGGGGAUGCACGUGCACGCGCACGUGCAUCAUGGCGACGCGAUCACCGAAGACGUGCUGCUCGAACCGGUGCGUGCUGCUCGAACCAGUGCGUGCUGCUCGAACCGGUGCGUGCUGCUCGAACCGCGGGGGAAUGACGCGGUGAGGAGAGAGGGGGAGGAGGUGAGGGGGUCAGUGACGGAGGGGCAUGGCGGCGCAGAGGAGCAGGGCGAGGGGGGGUGGCACGUGCAUGCGGAGGGGUGUGGGCAUGGUCGCAUAGCGCAUGGCGACCACCUGGACUACCUCAUGCCGCUCCUCGAUGGCUCCUUCCUGCUGCACCACGCGCAUCACCUGCCCCAUGCGCCCCACACGCAUCGCUCACCCCCCCAUGUGCAUGCAAUGCGUGAUGAGCACGGGCAUGGUGAUGAGCACGGGCAUGGUGAUGAGCACGGGCAUGGUGAUGAGCACGGGCAUGGUGAUGAGCACGGGCAUGGUGAUGAGCACGGGCAUGGUGAUGAGCACGGGCAUGGUGAUGAGCACGGGCGUGACUCUCAUCCCCAUGCAGCAGCAAGGGCAUAUGGCCAUGGCAUGGCAGCAGGGCCAUCCGUGAGCCAUCCCGUGCAGCCCCAUCCCGUGCAGCCCCAUCCCGUGCAGCCCCAUUCCCAUGGAUCCACACCGCCUUGCGCCUCCUCGCCUGCCUGUGGAAGCAGCUGCAGCGCUGCCAGCCACAGCAGCACCCCGCAUGCUGCGCACUCUGCCAGCACCACUGCCCCGCACACUCACCCCGCUGAGUCGCACAGGCAUGACGCACCGGCAGCCACAUGCGGUUACCACGUGCACGAGCACGGGCGGCUGGUGAGGGUCGGCGCUGCCACGGGGCUGCUGAGGCGGCGCGUGGGCAAGCAGCGUGUGGAGGUGUUUGAUUAUGUGCGCCAUGCACCCACCCCCGCCCACACACCCACGUGUGCCCGCAGCUGUGGCAGUGCGGCAGCGGGAUGCUGCUCUGAUGCCAUCUGUGCCUACACUCGGUUGCCGUCCUGUGAUGAAUGUGAUUAUAUGGAGGGCAACGAAAGAGCAGUACAGAUGGGGGUGAAGCGGCGUGAUGGUGGAGCGGAGGAGCAGGCAGGUCCGUGUGGGGGAGGUGCAUCUGCACCUCCAGCUGCCGGCUCUGCUGCAGCUGCAGCGAGUCUGCUUGACGCUGACGUGGCACAGGUGGUGAAGAGUCAAAGGGUGCAGGCAAAGGCAGCUUCUCUGAUUGGCUGUCAUGCACCGAUGGCAGUGAUGGCAAGUGAAGAGCAGCCCCGUGGCAGUGAACAGUCCACAGGCAGUAAGCUUCAUGAGAAAGACGAUCAUGGCGGCUGCAGUGGCAGCAGCGGCCAUCACAGCAGGCACAGUCACACUCACGCUUGCAUCACUAGCCAUGCUGCUGCUGCUGGCAGCGCUGAUGGUGUUGAAAUCAGCAAGGCAGCAGUGGGAGGGGCGACGGGGUGUGGCGGGCAGGGCUGCUGCAGUCAAGCAGGGGGCACUGGGAGUGCAGGCGAGAUGGUGGUGCUGGUGGGUGGGGGUGACAGGGAGGGGGACGGAGAGGAGACAGAGGUAGUGGGCGAGUGGAUGGUCAGAAAGCCGUCUCGAUUUGUCUGGUGGUCAACCAGUGUGUGCAAGCGAGCAGUCACUGCCAUGGCCAGCGCAGCAACCAAGGCCUUCCAAGGUGCCCUGCCGCACAGCAAUGCUUCCGCCCCUGCUGCUGCCCUUCCUGGUGCUGGCGGGGCAGUGGUGACGUCACGGGUGGACGUGUUGGGGCUGUGCUGCACGGCGGAGGUGGCGGUGGUGCAGCGAGUGGUGGAGGCGCUGCCAGGCGUGCUGCACAUGGCCGUCUCCGUGCCCACCAGGACUGUCCUCGUGCGCCAUCACACCUCCCUCACCUCCACUGCUGACAUCGUGGCGGCGCUGAACGAUGCCCAUUUGAAUGCCAGCGAGCAGCAGAGGGGCCGAGUGCGCGUGGCGUCGUCGGUGCCGUCGCCCUUCACACUGCUGUCGGGCGGGCUGCUGCUCGUGUCCCUCUUCCACUACCUCCUCCCCCCCCUCCAGUUCGUCGCCCUCGUCUCCAUCGCCGCCGGCCUGCCGCCCAUUCUGCUCAGCAGCCUGGCGGCGCUGAGGAGGUUCAUACUCGAUAUAAACACACUCAUGGUCAUUGCAGUGGCUGGCGCAAUAGCCAUUGGCGAGUAUGUGGAGGGCGCCUCUGUCGUCUUCCUCUUCUCCCUCGCCCACUUCCUUGAAGCGCGCUCCACUGAUAAGGCGCGGGUGGCCAUCCAGGCGCUCAUUGACCGCGCUCCACAGACCGCUGAACUCGCCGCCACGGGCGAGCAGGUGGCGGUGGAGGAGGUGCCCGUGGCCACGCUGCUCGCAGUGCGCCCAGGCGCACUCGUGCCGGUGGAUGGAGUGGUGCAGAGCGGUGCGAGCAGCGUGGAUGAGAGCAGUCUGACAGGCGAGUCGCUGCCAGUGUUCAAGGACGUGGGCGCACCUGUGUGGGCCGGCACCAUCAACACCACAGGCUACUUCACCAUGAGAGCCACGGCGCUGGCGUGCGACUCAGCAGUGGCGCGCAUGGUGGCGCUCAUCCAGGCAGCGCAGGCCAACCGCUCGCCCUCGCAGCGCCUCGUGGAGUCGUUCGCACGCGUCUACACGCCCACCGUCGUGCUCUCUGCGCUGCUGCUCGCCCUCGUGCCGCUCGCCGUGCCCUCCGCCGACCACCUCUACUUCUUCCGCCUCGCGCUGCUGCUGCUCGUCGUCGCCUGCCCGUGCGCCCUCGUGCUCUCCACGCCCGUCGCCGCGGUGUGCGGCAUCGCGCGAGCAGCAAAGGACGGGGUGCUGGUGAAGGGCGGGGCGCACCUGGAGAUGCUGGGGCGCGUGCGGGCGGUGGGCGUGGACAAGACGGGCACGCUCACGCAUGGCCGCUUCCAAGUGGUGGGCUUUGAACUCGUGGACGGCGCUACCUGCACCAAGCACCAGUGCCUUGAGUGGCUGGCAGGCGCGGAGAGGCAGUCCAGCCAUCCCAUGGCGUCCGCCCUGCUGGCCUACUGCCGCCACCACGGCGUUGAGUCCAACGGGCCGCUGCCGGCUGCUGCUGCAUGCGUCCCUGUAACAGCAGCAGGCUGCGCAUACCCCCAUUCCACGUGCUCCCGUGCUGGUGCAGGCAGCAGCUGGGGCGACUUGGGUUGUGGAAGCAGCAGCAAGAUGGGUAGAAACGGCUGUAGCACAUGUAGCACACGUGCUACUGCUAAUGGUGGAUGCAGCAGGCCACACGUCACAUGCAUUGCGGCUGCUGACACAUGUGGCAUGCCAGAUGGCGCAUGUGCCAUGCUGGGUGGGGCAUGUGAAGACAAUGGAGGGUCAUGUGGAGGCAGUAGGUCACAUGGCAUGGUUGCAGCCAGCAAAGGGUGCUGUACGGCGUCUCAUUGCCAAGACAGACAGCAAGGCACUGCUGCAGAAACCGAUGCAAUCUGUACCGAGGAUGCGACUGAAGGGGGGGUUGGACUGGCAGCAGGAGGGACAGAGGGUGGCAGGGAGGGAGGGGGGGCAAGUGGGUUUGAGACGGUAGCGGGGGAGGGCGUGGAGGCGGUGGUGGAGGGCAGGCGUGUGCACGUGGGCAACGAGAGGAUGGCGCUGCGCCUCGGAGCCCAUUCAUUUGCUCAUCUUGUUCACAUCUCUGCACGGGUCUCCCUUGGCACCAUUGGGUUUGCCAGCUCUGCCAUUGCGUGGCCACUGCCUGCUCUGUCACUCACAUGCCUUCACACAUGGCAGCUCUCCUCGCCGGUGUGUGCUCCAGCUCUCCCCACUCAUGCCCCAAUGCCACAGCUCCCUCCCUCUCUCCCCUCCCCACCCCCAAACCAGCCUGCCCCACCCACCCCACCCAACCAUCACCCCCUCGUUAUUUUCUUGCUCUGCCUCAAUCUCAAAGCUACACUCACCUGCCUCCCUGUGGACGGCCAUCGCAACGGGUUCACCUCUCUUCGCCCUCUCCCACCCUCCCACAUCCCACCAGCCAUCGCCCCCGCGCUGCUCUCCCACUGGCUCAGCCUCGGAGCCACGGUGGUGUGGCUCGGCGUGGACGGCCACCCCAAGGCAGUGAUUGCCGCAGCUGACUCGCUUCGGGCCGAAGCUGCGGAGGCGGUUGGGCAGCUGGUGAGGGGACUGGGGCUGCACAUGGCCAUGCUGACGGGCGACAAUGCGGGUGUUGCCACUGCAGUGCAGCAGCAGCUGCACCCAGCAGUGGAGGUGCUGUCUCAGCUGCUACCGGAGGGCAAGGUGGCGGCCAUAGCAGCACUCAAGGCGGCCCACGGCGUCACCUGCAUGGUGGGGGACGGCAUCAACGACGCACCCGCCCUUGCAGCCGCUGAUGUCAGCAUCGCCAUGGGCACCAUUGCAUCUGCGUCAGCCAUGGAGGCCGCUGACGUGGCGCUGAUGUCAGACGACCUGCGCCAGCUGGCGCGGACGUUUUUGCUAGGCCGGGCAGUGCGGUGGGUGGUGGCAGAGAACGUGGUGGCGUCGGUGGUGGUGAAGGGCGUGGUGCUGGGGCUGGCAGUGGCUGGUAGGGCGCACCUCUGGCUGGCUGUGCUGGCCGAUGUGGGCACGAGCCUGGGAGUGGUGGGGAACUCUCUCAGGCUGCUGAGGAAAGGCACAGUGGAUGGGUGCUGGUGGUGGGGGGGAGGAUGGUGGUGA